GUGCAUCCGGGGUAGCCUAUUUUAUCUGGUUGGGCGCUUCACUCGAUGGGUGUUGCGGGGAGGUCGUCUUCCACGCAGUCGUUUCAUCCGCUAUCGACCCUCCCGUGUUUCUGAUUCCGUACCGAUACCUAUUUUUAUAGGACGUUUGAUCUGAAAUCAGGCUUUGCUGCCUUGUACUGUUUGCUGGUUCGUCCCGGAGUCCGCCAAGCACUGUCAAGCACGGGCAUCAGUUUGCGCUGCUGACUACAAGACUUGUAGUUUAGUAUUGCCGAGUUCCUGCCCGGAAAACUAGUGAUUCCCUUGUCCGGCACGCGCGCUACGUUACCAGCGUCAGUCGGUGUCAACAGGUAAAGUCUUCUUGCUCACUCCUACCGGCCCUAGCCCUGCUCCUUCGUCAGGACGAUAGUCUGGAGGUAAGGAGCUCUGCAGUCGUGUCAGCUACAGCAGCUAGUCGGCUCGUUACCGGACAGUUUCCAGCAAGUAAACUCUGAAUUAUCGUGCUUCGAGACCGGCGCAUUGGAAUGAUGGCCGGAGCAGAUAGUAGCUAGACACGUGUAGACACUGUACUCUGCAGCCUAAACGCCAGGGCAGAGUUACAAAGUAACCCACCAGCUCGAAGCCGCCGUGUCGAUCGUGCCGUAAAUCCGAACGAUGAGUGCGCCGCCUAUGCCUGCUGCACGGCAGGCACGCACGGGUGACGACCUGGAAGCCAAGGUGCGCCAGAAGCUGAGCCAGGAUGGCUUACUGGAUGAGCUCAGCGAAGAACCGUACACGAUGGAGGAUGGCGAGACGGGACCGGGCUUUGAUGACCUGUGCGAGUAUUUACCUACUGAACUCUCCUGUGGGGCUGACGAGCUCAGAGCUGCUCUGGAGGCAGUGCGCAAGUCCACGCUACAGCAGGACACUACAAAGCCACCCCAGCAGCCAAAACCAAUAUCACGGGGUCCCAAGACCGCAAGCAAGUCAGAUCUCGGCGGCAUAUCUAAACUAGAUAGUCCAGCAGCAAGCGCCACAGCACCCAAGCCUGGAUCCAAGCCAGCCAAACCUCCACCAAAGGCAAAGGCAGCUGUGACUGCUCGUGGAGAAACAUCACCAGCAGCAGCAGCGGCGGCAGCAGUGGGCGCUCAAGCAGCAGGCGUGGAGAAAGACUCCGCCCCGGCUACUGAGGAGAAAAAGCCCGCCGCUCCCAAGCCGCGUGGCCAGAAGUCGACAUCGUCUCUUGCAUCUAUGCGUGAUGAAUCAGCUGACCCUGCUACGGGCGGCCCUCCAAAGCCGCACGCUGCAGCUAAGCCACCGCGACAAACAUCAGGCAUACCCGCAUCCGCUUCUGCACCAAAUCUCAGUGAUCUCGCUCGAAAGGGUGCCGCGAAAUCGAAUGAUAACCUUUACGAAAACAGUGCACCAAUUAUAGAGGAACCCAGUGAUUCAGCUCUUUAUGACAACCCCUUAGACCCAGGAUCUACCACAGGUUCUACCACAGAAUCUGUACCUGUGUUGAAGCCAAGGCCUGCAAAGCUAGCCAGAAACCUGGGUGACGGUGAGGGGAGCAAAGAGGCUCCGGUCAAAAGCAGUCGGAUCGCCCCUCCAAAGCCAUCUCGUCCCGUGUCCAUGUUUUCAGCUGUUUCGCCUGUGGACCCCGGCAGCCUCAAGGCAUUGGAGCGGAGCACGUCCCCAGAACAGAAGGUGGUGCCGAACAAGCCUACACGCAGGGGAACAUCACUCGAACAAGGUCCAGGACCUGCAGCCAUUCCACGCAAGCCGGGGAGAGAUCGCGCGAAGACGAUGAUGCCCACUGCGGGCGGCGCUGCGCCAGCACCAGAGCCCGGUCAGCGAGCACCCGUCGCCACGCCUGCAGCAACGCAGGAGGAAGACGAGACCGAGGGGAUGUACGAGACGAUGAAGCCAGGAUCUGGUGCAGUGAUGUCACCAACUGCCGUCAGUAAAAGCAGCAGUGACAGUGGCUACACGACCCCUGUGGGCACUGAUGCAGAGAAACAAGCGGAACCGGACAAACCCGCUGAGGAACAAGGUGACAAAGGCGAUGCCAAGGCCGGCAAGAAAUCACUAACACUGGGUCGGUUCGGCAAAGGCAAACCCAAGAAGAAAUCGGUUGGAGACGAUGAAGUGCUGUCACCAUCAGCACGGCCACCGUCUAUGGGUUCAGGGGCAAUGACUUUGGGCAGAGUUCCGACUCGAACUUCUGCUGCAGAACCUCAGCUGGUACUGCCAGCACCAGCGGCCAGGAAGGAGCCACUACCACAAAUACCCGCUGCUAAGCCACAGCAAGCAGGUGACUGGAGUGCACAGGAUAUCAACCUUACCGCCGAGCAGCUUAUUAAAAUCAUGCAGCUUGUGAAGCAGGGCAAAUGUACACAGGAGGAAGCCAUUCAGCGCAUGAAGGAGGAGAAUCGACAGAAGGCACAAGCGGCGGCUCAGAAGGAUGCGCUGACUGAAUCGGCAAACAGUCACACCACUGAGGAUGUUGGUGAAGAUAUGGAUGCUGUGUAUGAAGAUCCCGGAGAAGCUCUCCAGGCCGCACCUGUGACUAUGUCACCAUCAUCCGUUUCUCCCACACCUACGCAAGACUCUACACAAGAGGAUGAAGCACACAGGGACCAUGCCGAUGGUGACUCUGCCAAAGAUGCUGACAAACACGCAAAGGGUGCCACAUUGAAAGGGAAAGGAAAGUUCCUUGGAGGCUUCAGGAAAAAGAAGGAUGCUAGUGAGGAUCAUCAAGAGGUUGCUGAACAUCACGAUGACGCCAGCAAGAAGAAGAAAGGGAAGUUUGGUGGCCUCUUCUCGAAGAAGACGGUCGACAAGGACUUAAAGGAGGACAAUCUUCCCAGUCCGACAUCACCAGAUCAAUCCUUUACGAAGAGUGAUUCAGCCAUUGAUGAGGAAGAAGAGGAGGGGGACAUGUAUGCUACUUGCGGUCCUAGUCCAGGACCAUCUCCAACUCCAAACGCUACCAUCGCAGGGAGUGAUAGCGUUGUAGCUGCAGCGGCGACUGCGGAGGAUGAAGCGCAAGCCGAGAAGCCGCCCAGCCCGCAGGCGCAGUCCAAUAGCGACAGUGGUGCUGAAGAGCGGGAAGACAAGUUUGGAGAGGACAACGAGGCGCAGAUCACAAGUUCCAGCAGUGCGGACUGCCUGUCGCCGGAGGGUUUGACAGAUUCCCUUGGCAGCUACACGUUGGUCAGCCUAGCUGAAGUGCCGUCACAACGUGCCAUUGAUCCAUUUCUUCCCAAGACCGGUCCCAAAAGCAAGCCCAAAGGAGCACCAAAAAAGCAGAACCGCUCUCAUCGUCCCACCAUUGCCAACAAGAUGUCCUAUGCAAGUGUGAAGAGAGGAUCACGAACCAUGCUGAGUGGAUUGAGAGGCGCACUGGGCAAGAAUCGGUCAUCAUCCGUUGUGAAGGCAUCAGAUAUUGAGCAUCAAACUGAAUGCGGUGACGGUCCCAGCAGCAGCAGCACCACCACCGAUAGCCCAGCUCCAUCACCCACAUCUCCAACUGUGACUACCACAUCUCCUUCACCUGAAAUCAAGGUGGAAGAACCGCCAGAGUUCACGGGUUCCUUUGUGGCCAAGGCUGUUGUGGAGAUGCCGUACAAUCCCAGUCCGUACGAUACAGAGUCUCUCCGCUUGAAGGUCGACGAUGUCAUUAAUGUGAUAGAGAUGGCUGAGAAUGGAACGUGGUCGGGACAGCUGAACGGGAAGAUAGGAAAGUUCAAGUUUAUCUACGUCCGGGUCCUGGACGAUGAGACGGAAAAUGCCGACGAAAAGAGACCAAUGACUCCGCCAUCGACGCUUAGCAGGACACCCGCAGUGGCAGCACCACCCAUGCCCAAAACACUGGAGGAGAUGUUCCAGCAGCUGAAUCUUCCACAAUAUCUGAAAGUGUUCGAGGAGAACGGCUACGAUGACUUGUCGUUUUUCAAAGACAUUGACACAACCGGCGCCUUGACGGAGAUUGGUGUGACGGAUACGGACCACCAAGAGGCUAUUCUCUUUAUGGUAGAUGUUUUGAAUGCGGAAAACAAAAAACGCAGUGGGUCCCUCUCCAAGCGCUCGCAUCGUCUCUCCAGGAUAGGUAUGACGGUGGACGCCGUCUUCUCGGCGACGACGUCCGUAGGCUCAGACGGUAUAGCAGAGUCCGGCGCCAGUGAACCGGGUGUUGCACCAGACCGUCCUCAACCUCGCCAGAGAGCUGCCACGGCUACUGCUGCUGCUGCUGCAGCCCCAGUCCCAGUACCAUCCAAGCCCAGUCGCAACGCACCUCCUAGAGCUGCUGCAACUCAUCCAGCUGUCGAUGAAAGUAGCGCAGUCAAGUCCGACGCGCCAUCGUCCAGGACUUUAUCGGUAUCCCCAGAGCCCGGCACAGCAGAAAACCCAGCUGCCUCUCCAAAGCGCCCUAAGCCGCAAGGGCCUGCUGUUACUGCAUUUGCAGCUCAGCUCGAGAGCAAUCUGAAAGCUAAUCAAACUGGUAAAGAGAAAGGCGCAGCUCUACCUGGCGUUCAGCGACGGUCAACAUUCGGUGUACGCUCAUCCAACACGAGCGAUAGUAAACAGAUAGCAAAGCAAGCUGUAGCAAAGCGCCGCUCUCUUGAAGAAGGGGAUGUCAGCGAAGAGGCUCCCAAACCGCUGGAUGUCCCUCAGGAAGGUAAAUCAGAGAAUAAAAAGAGGAGAGCUCCGGCGCCGCCUCAAACUGAUGGUAAAGCUGACAGUGCGGAUGAUCAAGGUGCAGUCAAGUCCAGAGAGCGGGCCUCAAGUAAACCCAAGCCUAUAACGGAAGAGGGAGCAACUGUAGCGGAACUCAAGCAGGUACUGUCCCCUAUCAAGGUAAUGCCAAUGCCCAAAGACCAGCCUGAUGGCAAGGCACACCAGGAGACAUCGGAGAAGCCGGAGAAACCGACGCAGAGAGGCGUACCUCCGCCCAGACCUGCCAGCUCUGCCGUUGGAAAGCUUCAACCGCAAGACGAUGCACCGACAUCGACGACACCCAAGGCAAAUCGGGCUGCUCCUAAACUCCCAACAGCUGGUGCAAGCACUAACACGGUAAAAAGUGGUGAAAAUAGUCAGGCUGGCGAGACUGGCCAGACUGGCCAGAGUGAGGAGAGCAAGAAACACAUGGACACUAUCAAGCAGAAACUAGCAAGUGAUGACAUCAAGCUAUCCGCAGCACCAUAUUCGUUACGGAGCGGGAGUGGAGGUAUUCCAGCAGGUCUAGUGCAAAGACUGGCCAUGGAUACACGUAUUGCCAUUACCAACGUGGCACCAGCGCUGGAGAAACUACGGCAAGAGAGCUUGACAGCGGCAAAGAGAAAAAUGAUACCCUGCAAGCCAGUGUUGACUAGUGGUGAUGAGUGGAUGACCCUAGCCAGAAAGACAUGUCUGUAUGAAUGGUUGCACAGUAUUGGUCUGCCGAUGUAUAACACGACAAUGGCAGAGGCUGGAUGCGACCUGGCUACCGUGAAGGAGGUGACGGAAGAGGAGAUGAGAGAGAUGGGCAUCGCAAACAUUCUGCACGCCAAGCGAAUCCUGCGUGCUGCCAGCGCUCUUCAACUAUAGCCUUGCCAUGACUUCAUCGGAGUGGUGACCACGGUGCAGUCUAGGUGUGUGUGCAUGCCAUGCCGUAUGGCUCAGUGUCUUGCAUUUUCCGGCCCGUAUUGCUGACAUAUGCAGGCUGGCUGUGUGCAUGUUCACGUUGAACCUGCUCUAGAGCCCCGGCAUCUCGCAGAUAGCACGGAGAACUUUGCGGAAUGAAGGAACGGACGUAUCGACUUCGAAAAAAAAGUUGCUGGACAAGUUGUUGGUUGCUUGACUGUUUGUUUUUGUUGUGCUGGUAGUAGGUGAAUCACAUGAUGCCGUUUGGCAGCAGGAGACUGUUUCAUCUGUUUGGAUGACAUUACAUUGUAACAUUGUGUGUAAAACUAGUAUGGCAAUCAAUGCCAAUGUCAAAUUCUAUUUCAACUUGAAAAGUUUAAACAGCAUAAUUUAUCGACUAUUUGUAAUUGUCUCUGCGACGCUAAACUCAUAGUCGUGUACCCCCUAGGGUUAUUUAGUAGAGAUUGAAAACGGAAUUUCUCAGGCAUUUACCUAUCUUUCAUCUCGAAUCGGCUGAUAUUAUGCUGAGCUGGAGCUGUUAGGAGCCUUACAUUGCAGUAUAUCUCAUGGUCCUGAUCCGGCGCAAUGCUUCAAACAUUCGCGUCGGUGCAUCUGCUUCUGACCCUCAAGUUGGGCGUGUACAUGUAUGCUUUCCUGUUUGAGAAGCCGGAAAACCACUGCA